ACUUGUGUUUGAUGGAUGAUUUAAAAUGUUUGGCAGCAGAACAGCGUGAAUGAGCACGCUGAGAACGUUCUGGAUCCAGGAGUGCUGCAGGUUAGGCAGGGAUUUUGCAUCUGCAGUGGACACAUACGUGAUAGAAAAAGACUGUAGCUCUGGCAGGAUUUGGAGAUUAAAAAUGUAAAGAAUAAAUCACUCCAGGGGAGGAAGUGAUGGGCUUCUGAUGAUGGGUUUUGCUUACAAACUGUUUCUGCUCUCCGAUAUCAAGAUGCGAUUGUGCACUUCCCUGUGAAGAGAAUCAAGACCGGUCUGAAGGUUGCAAUUUGUAUCCCAAUAGAACUUAAUGCUCUAUUAUGAGGAGACUAGAGGCAACACUUGCCUUAAAGCUCGAGAUGCUGAUGAGAGAGAGAAGUGGAUUCAUGCUUUAGAGGACACCAUUCUCCGCCAUACCCUCCAGCUUCAGGGUGUGGAUUCAGGAUUUGUUCCCAGCGUUCAUGAUUUUGACAAGAAACUUACCGAGGCUGAUGCUUACUUACAGAUCUUGAUAGACCAGUUGAAGCUCUUUGAUGACAAACUCCAGAACUGCAAAGAUGAUGACCAGAGAAAAAAAAUUGAAAGUCUCAAAGAAACAACCAGUAGCAUGGUAGAGUCAAUAAAACACUGCAUUGUGUUGCUACAGAUUGCUAAGGAUCAAAAUAAUGAGGAGAAGCACGCAGAUGGACUUAUAAGCACCAUCAACCCAGUGGAUGCGGUGUACCAGCCCAGUCCCCUGGAGCAGGCUGUGAUCAGCACCAUGCCUUCCCAAGCAGUCUUACCUCCAGAACCUGCUCAGCUGUGCAAGUCGGAGCAGCGACCCUCAUCACUGCCAGUGGGACCUGUAGUAGCAUCACUUGGAAAUCAGACUCCAACACCAAAUAGUACAGGCAGUGGGCAGUCGGCGCCUAGCAGCAGUCUCACCUCUCCAAGCCAUGUCAACCUGUCUCCAAAUACAGUCCCAGAUUUCUCUUACUCAAGCAGUGAGGAUGAGUUCUAUGAUGCUGAUGAGUUCUACCAGAGCAGUUCUUCCCCAAAGCGCUGCAUGGAUUCUUCAGGGUCUGCUGCAGUCCUGACUCGGAGCAGCACAGGAAGCAGCCUGAAGCGUCCAGACACCACGGAGUCCCUCAACUCUUCCAUAUCUAGCGGGACAAAUGAUGCUGAUCUCUUCGAUCCUCCUGACGAUCGAGAUGAUGAUGGGGAAGGAGAGUCGGUGGAAGAACACAAGAGUGUCAUUAUGCAUCUGCUGUCACAAGUUAGGUUAGGAAUGGAUCUAACAAAGGUGGUGCUCCCAACUUUCAUCCUCGAGCGAAGAUCGCUGCUGGAAAUGUAUGCUGACUUCUUUGCACAUCCAGAUCUAUUUGUCAGCAUCAGUGACCAGAAGGACCCGAAGGACCGCAUGGUUCAGGUGGUGAAAUGGUACCUGUCAGCCUUCCAUGCCGGCAGAAAAGGGUCGGUCGCUAAGAAGCCUUACAACCCCAUCCUGGGCGAGAUCUUCCGCUGUCACUGGGUGCUGCCGGGCACUGAAGGUGAAGAUGACGUGGAACCAGUUUCAGAAGGACCAGUCCCUUGGGUCAGCAAAAGCAAUGUAACAUUUGUGGCAGAGCAGGUCUCUCACCAUCCUCCAAUUUCAGCGUUUUACGCAGAGUGCUUUAACAAGAGGAUCCAGUUCAAUGCUCACAUAUGGACCAAGUCCAAGUUCUUGGGAAUGUCCAUCGGGGUGCACAACAUCGGGCAAGGCUGUGUCACUUGCCUAGACUAUGAUGAACACUACAUUUUGACCUUCCCUAAUGGCUAUGGAAGGUCUAUCCUCACUGUGCCAUGGAUAGAACUGGGAGGAGAGUGCAGCAUUAAUUGCUCCAAGACUGGCUACAAUGCUUCCAUCGUCUUCCACACAAAACCAUUUUAUGGAGGGAAGAAACACAGAAUUACAGCUGACAUUUUUUCCCCCAACGACAAGAAGCCCUUCUGCUCCAUCGAAGGCGAAUGGAACGGCGUCAUGUACGCAAAGUACACCACGGGGGAGAAUACUGUCUUCAUAGAUACCAAGAAGAUGCCUAUAAUUAAGAAGAAGGUGAGGAAACUAGAGGACCAAGAUGACUUUGAGUCUCGCUGCUUAUGGAAGGAUGUUACCUACAACUUAAAAAUCCGAGACAUCGACGCAGCCACGGCGGCAAAGCACGCGCUGGAGGAGAGGCAGAGAGCUGAAGCCAGAGCCAGGAAGGAGAAGGAGACGUCAUGGGAAACAAGGCUAUUCCAUGAGGAUGGGGAGUGCUGGGUGUACGAUGAGCCACUGCUGAAGCGCCUGGCUGCCAGCAAACACUAAGUGGGUUCAAACCAGCCAGCAGGGGAGCCUUGGCUCUGCCAAGUUUACAGCUGACACCCGAGAGGCACCAGUUCACGUAUGUACCCUCUGGAGAGCCUGACCCCCUCCCACUGCAGUGGUUCCUAUCUCAGGGAUACUGGACUUACUGAUGCAGAUAAGCAAUUAAAUUGGCUGUACAGUAAUUCAGACUGGACUGUGCUCUGUUGGUAGUGCAAAGGCAGGCUCCUGGAGCCCUGUUACUGCUGCUCUAAAGCGUGGAGAAUCAGGACAGUAAAGCAUAGACACUCUGUAUAACCACUGUGAAGGCCACGGCCUCGGUAUCAGUCGCAGAAUAUUCCUGGGUCCUCCGUAUUUAAACACCAAGAAGCAAGCUGCAAGACAUCAUUUAAACCUAGCUACUGUUUGCCAUCUGUACAUAGGAGGAGUCCUUCAAGGGACAGUGGUUAGAAACUGCUACCUAACUGUUACCUUCCCACCUGUAUGAUAAUCAGACCUUCUGGCAUCUCCGUGUCUUGCCCAAAGUAACUUUUGUUAUUUUGAGAUUAAAAUGUACCCAUAGAGAAUUCUACUCAGUUCAUCUUAAAGCUUCAUAAAAUAGAUUUUUUCAAACUUCUCUUAUGGACAUUUUAUUUAUUUCAUAAUAAACCUUUGCA